AUGUUUGAGGGAAUGAUGACAUUCUCCAUGAAUGAUUUAUUUCCAUCUGCAUCAAGUGAUAAGGGAAUUGUUCUUGACCAAUUAUUAGGUCUCACUCCAUCUACAUCAUGUAAUAGGAAAGCAUCAACAUCAGCACCAUUGAAUGCAUGCCAAGUACAUUUCACUCUCUCACUCAAUGAAACAUCAGCUCCAACUAAAUCACUUCGAAAGAGAAACCAAGCAUCCAUGGAAAUGCAUGCCAUUAGUGGAUACAACUUUAUGCUUCCUUCCAAUUUUCACAUGUUGGAACAUUGUGCAACAGCAUCUGGAUGCUCCAACACAUUUGAGGUUAUCUCAAAGAAAGAUGCCUCAUUGGAGUAUGACAUUUUCAAUAUCAUGAUUGUGAAUGAAGAUAGUAAAGUGGUUGAAUUGAAAAGAGAAAUGGAUGAGGAUUCGAAUGGAUCUUGCAAAAACAUUGCUCGCUCUAAAGAUAUUCAGAGUCAGAUAUCGAAUGAGUGUCUCUCUGAUAGAAGUACAAUUGAUAAGUGGACAUUCACCUCUAGAGAAGGUUUGCACAUGUUUAUUUCAAUGGCUUCAUUCAGAAUUGAUCCAAGAAAGAGUAAUAGAAUGUGUAUUAUUGAAUAUAGAAAGAGAUUGAGCAGCUCAUCUGACAUUUCUCAACUAGGUUAUAAAAUUGAGAAUCUAAUCAUUGAAAUUAUCAACUCCAUCAGUGUAUAUUAA